AUUCACAAUUCAGUCAGAGUUGUACGUUGUACUACUAUUAGUGGAAGAUGGCAUAAAAGUACCGUUUUACACAACCUCAAAAGUAAUGGGUGGUGGGCUAUUUAACACUACGCAAGAAGAAAAUUAAGUUUAGUUUCUGUCUAAAUUCCAUUUUCUCAAUUUACUUAUUGAAAUGUAUUAACUGACAAAAAUUAUAAAGAGUUUGACAGUCAACACAGAACUGUCAAAAGGUGUGUUCAGGUUCAGAAUAUUUGACGUAUUUGUGAAUGAAAAUAAUACAUUUUAUUAAUAUUUUGGGAUUGUUUAGUGCCAAGAAUAAAGCGCUUACCUAUUGGAUUAUGUGAUACAAUAGUGCUAAACAGAUGUUUUACAAAAUUGAAUGGAUUCAUAAAUUUGGAUUAGACUUUCUGCUCUCUUGAAUUUAAAUCAAUUUCAUCCAACCUGCAAUGUUCAAUUUCAUGAAAAAAAGUGGGAGCGGGAUUGAGAAGGACGAAAAAGAAAAGAAGAAGAAGGAGAAAAAGGAGCGGAAGGAGAAUAAAAAGAGAGAGCGGGGCAGUAUGACAACGGAGGAGCUCCUUCGACUAGAUGAGGUUAGACGCUCUCUGAAGAUACGUGGCCGUCGUAAGGAGAAAGAAAAACUGCCCAGUGGAAUAACCGCUGACUAUAGUGCGAGUUUCUUUGCAGAGCUGAAUAGAAACAGUGAUGGAACCGAUGGCCCCAGCUCUCAAGGUCGUAGCGAUACACUGACACAAAGUGAUAGUUCGGAAACAAGUUUAACAUCACUCAGUAAUCCGGGGACAUCACAGCGCAAUGUACUCCCUCCUUUACCUCCUCGUCCUCCGAAGCGAGGUAUACUCAAAUUGUCCCCACGGCUAGCGGGCAACAGCGAGUCCAUCAGUCAAGCGGACAGUAACACCCUGAUCAGAAACACUCUGCAGAACGAAGUCAUCACCUACCAGAACCUGAACAAGCGGUCCGGGGUGGAGGGAGUGGAGACUAGUGCCGGGGACUCCUCGUCUGUCGGUAGCGGGGACCAGACGCUGAGCAGCUAUCUGACACCCCCGGUGGUGAAGGACGGAAAGUCUCCCAGCGUGGACAGUCUCACUGACUCUGCCACCAACAGCAGUUUUGCGACACCACCCUUCAGCUGGAGCCCUGUCGGGGAGAACCACAGUCAUCACAGUGCUCUGGAGAAUGGACUGUGUUGCGAGCUUCCUAUGCCAAAGAUUGAACCAGUCAGACUGCCAGAGCCUCGUGUGUUGACAAUCUCAAGACAGCCAUUGCCUCGGAAUGACUUUGGUUUCUCGCUACGCCGUGCGAUGGUGGUGGAGCGAGAUCUGAGUGGAGGUGGAGGUUAUAAUCUCUCUGCAGUCAUCUUCGCCGAACCAGGAGCCAUAGUUCAACACAGGAACGACACAGGUUUGUUGCCUGGAGACAGACUACUAGAGGUUAACGGGUGUAAUGUUGACGACAAGACCAGAGAAGAAGUUAUAGAAAUGAUCAAAUCCUCCGGAUCUUCUGUUACUGUCAAGGUGCAACCCGUGUCAGAACUGAGCGAGUUGAGCAGGAGGUCUGCGGCUGAUGGACAGACAGUCCAGCUAGACGACAGCAAUAUACGCGGAGGCACGUUGCGUCGCAGUGGCAGUCGGCGGUUUAACCAUACGGCAAUGGCUAAAUCAGAAGAGCAGGUGGCAAUGGAGCGCAGCUGGCUGGAGAAGGAGCACUUGUGGCUGGUGCACCGAAGAGGAUUCAGUCUGGUCACAGUGAUUGCCCAAAAUCCGCCUAAGCUAACAGUCACUGUUGACUCCUCCGGAGAGGAGACUGUUGUAGAUGAAGAUGAAUUGGAAAAGGCUAACCCACCAACACUGGACCGUACCGAGGACUUGGCACAGCUGCUGUACAUCAAUGAGUCUAGUGUUCUGCAUACACUACGCCAGAGAUACGCUGCCAAUCUCAUUCAUACCUAUGCUGCAGAAACGUUGUUGAUCAUCAACCCAAUGGCACCACUAGCAAUAUAUUCAGAGAAGGUUUGCCAUAUGUUCCGAGGAUGCAAGUCCGAGGACAUGCCACCACACAUUUAUUCCGUCGCUCAGUCAGCAUAUGAGAUGGUUGUUUCAACGCGUCACGAUGGCUCAAUUGUGUUUCUGGGAGCAUCAGGCAGCGGCAAGACUACCAACUACCGACACUCGCUGCACUACCUGGCGUUGGUAGCAGGUCACCAGAACAAAGUAGUGACUCCAGAGAAGCUGAACGCUAUUUGGACACUGCUGGAAGCGUUCGGCAAUGCCCGAACACAAACCAAUGUAAAUUCCACCCGGUUCACCCACAUCUUCAGCUUGGACUUUGACCAGUCAGGCUGCAUUGCUUCUGCGUCUAUUCAGCUAUUGUUGAAUGAACGGUGGAGGAUUGUCCGAAGACCAGAUGGGGAAUCCUCCUUCCAUGUUAUCCACCGACUGUGGCAAGGCUGUGAUGGCAGUCUCCGGAAGGACCUCAUGCUGGAUUGUAUCAGUGAGAGUAAUCCAUUCAUUGGAACUGUUCCAAAGAAUGAAGAUCCCCAAAAAGCAAUAGGAGAGUUUUCUCGCUUAUGUGGUGCCUUAACAGUUUUGGGAGUUUCUGAUGCCGAAACCAAAGUGAUUUGGUCCAUCAUAUCCAGUAUUUUACAUGUUGGGGCUGCAGGAGCAGUCUAUAAUAAAUCCGUCAACCGGUGGCAAUUUUCUCGGCCCAAUGCAGCCCAACGAGCGGCCCAACUGUUGGGAACAACAGUGGAGAAGCUGACACAGCUUCUGUUUGGCUACUUGGAUGCAGGUUCGGUCUCAGCCACUCGUGAGAAGUCUGCAGACCUCGACAACGGUGAAGACGCUUUAGAGGCCUUCGCCGUGGGCCUUUACAGUGAACUCUUCAAUGUCAUUGGCUUUUUAAUCAACAGGUGUAUCACAAUGAAGGUUCACACAUCAUUCUCUCUGCUAGUUGUGGACAGUCCAGGUCUACAGUUACAGUCCUCUCAUAAUCACAGUGUGGCCUUUCAUAACCUUUACAUCAACUACCUCUCCGAGCGACUCAGUGAGUUGUUCCAGCACAGAACCAUCGUAGCUCCCAGAGAACAGUACCUGCAGGAGCAGAUAAGCCUGGCGGAGGAGGAGGAGCACUGGGAGACUAACCGACAACUGCUGUCUGCGUUGGACCGUGACCACGGACAGGGCGACAGUCGGGGACUGUUCUGGCUGCUGGAUGAGCUGGCCCCCAACCCUGCUCUCACUGACGACUCUCUCGUUGAGAAGCUCUUCUCCUCCUGCUACACUAGAGAAAGUGAACCUGUCAUGAAGAAAGGUCCCAACCACAACCAGUUGACGCUAUACCAUUGCAAUGCCACCAUGCCAGUUUCUUACUGCGUCUCGGGCUGGCGUAAAGAGUGCCUUGAACAUCCACUUAUCCGCUCUGCCGCCUCUGUGCUCAAGGACUCCCAAAAGAAGGAAGUGAGCGAGUUGUUUGUGAUGAGUUGGGGUGCUGGACUGACAAGUUCAUUGACGGGCUCUGUGGUCGGACUGGAAGGGCUCCAGACACUGAGGAAAGGCUCAAGCCUCCAUCGUACAGCUACUACUGCUCUCAAACGCAAAUCCUUCUCACUUCAGUUCAAGUUUGUUGUGGAUGGUCUGGUGGACACACUGAAACGCACCAGGAUCAAGUUUGUGCAGUGUCUGAUACCUCACCAGACUGCAGGACUCAGCGAAACGUUGGUACCGGCUCAUCACAGUUCUGCUCCUCAACCAGACUGUCUCAUCGAUAUUCCUCUUCUCCGCAAUCAGAUAAGAGGGUCUCGAAUCUUGGACGCAGUGAGGCUUCAUCGGCAAGGUUUCCCCAAAUCUAUGAGCCUACAAGAGUUUGCCAGGAGACUCCACUUGCUAGCUCCCAGUGUGGUUGUAGAAGACAACCAAGAAAGAGCAGCUGUGGAGGAGAUGGCUUCAUCUUUGGAUUUAGACCCUGCUACGUACAGGAUUGGGGUUACCAAGAUAUUCUUCAGAGUGGGCGUGUUAUCUCACCUGGAGUCCCAACGUGAUGAGAAGCUCGCUGACAGGGUUGUUCACUUUCAAGCCCACUGUCGAGGGUAUCUGGCUCGCAAGCGCUUUGCUAAACGCAAGGUGGAGCAGCUGGCGGUGCGUUGUAUCCAGCGCAACGUGCGCAAGUUCCUCAGUGUGCGCAAUUGGCCAUGGUGGCGGCUGCUCGUACGAGUCAUGCCUUUGCUCAACGUUCACCGCACUGAGGAGGAGUUGCGCGCCAAAACGGAGGAGCUUGAUAAUUUAAAGAACAAGUUUGAGAAAUUAGAACAAGAGAAAUGCAUGCUGAAACUGGAAACCAGCAAGUUAGAGGCUAAGCUGAGUGAGCUGACGAUGGACCUGGCGGAGGAGCACUCCUCGGCAACCUUGGCCAACCAAAGACUCAAGAUAGAGAGUGCAGAGAAGAUGAGAUUGGAGAAGGAACUUGAUGAAAUACAGAAAGAGCGGAAGCAGUUGCAAGAAAGCAGUGACAGACUGGAGAUGGAGCUGUUGUACAGUCAAGGACACAGCGGGGCAGUGAAUGGCUCGGAACUAGACGUAGACCUGGAGGGUGAUGAAGACACUGCGUACAAGCAGCGGUAUGAGCGUGCAGUGCGAGAACUGGAGUUCACACGACGCAGGUUGCAGCAACAACAUCAAGAUGACUUGGAGCAACUCAUCGCUCUCAAAAAGCAACUUGAGAAAAAGUUAUCAGACGCCUAUGAGGAAGUGGAAGAGCAGAGGCAGGUGGUGGGCCAGUGGAAGAAGAAGGUGCAGAAACUCACUUCCGAAAUGAACGACUUACGACUUCUCCUCGAAAGACAGACCUCGAGGAAUGAUAUGCUUGAAAAGAAACAAAGAAAAUUUGAUACAGAAAUACAGCUACUGACAGAUGAGCUACGACAGGAGAAAGCCAACAAAGACAGAUCAAUGAGAGAGAAGGAGAUGGCUUUGGCUGACAAGUAUACCAUGGAGCAGAAUCUUAGCGCUGUGAAGCUAGAACUGGAGCUAAAGGAACAGAAAGUAAACAGUUUGACAUCAGAAAUCAAUGAACUCACCUUCGGUGGCAACACUGAGGAAGAAAUAGGCCAGCUGAAGAAAGCUAAACACCAGUUGACUAACAAAUUGAAGGAACAGGAAGAGGAGCUGGAUGACUUGGCUGGUCAAGUACAGUUGCUGGAAACUGCUAAACUGAGGCUAGAGAUGAGUCUGGAGCAGGUUCGGAAAGAGAACAAGAAGGAACUUGCCCAGAGAGACGAGGAGUUGGAGGAAGUGCGCUGUAAUGUUCAGAAGAAAGUCAGAGCUCUGGAGUGCCAAUUGGAGAAUGAACAUGAAGAGCGGACAUUGCUGCUGCGAGAGCGUCACGAGAUGGAGAGGCGGCUGGCAGAGUACGAGGAGCGAAAUCACUCAAGGAAUCACAGUGACCAGGAAAUGCUGAACAGACUGAAGAGGGAUCUCAAACGCACCAAGGCCUUGCUGCGGGAUGCGCAAACUACAAUAGAACAGUCUCGGACAGAUACACCCAACAAAGCACUCAUCCGUCAGCUUCGAAAUCAGCUAGAGGAUGCAGAGUGUGCAAGAGCAGUGGCUGUCAAGGCCAGGCAGGCAGCAGAGGGAGAACGCACAGAGGCACUGGCCACUCUCGAAGAUGCCACCAGAGCACGCACUGAGGCCGAGGAACGAGCAUCGGCACUCAUGCGAGAACGCUCACAACUUCAAUCUCAGCUGGACGAAAAUGAGGAGGAGCUUGCUGAUGUGCUGAAGAAAUAUCGCGCGACAGUGCAACAGCUGUCCCAUGAGCAGAUGUCUCUUCAGGAACAGGCCGGUCGUGUCGCCGAGCUGGAGGCUGAACGCGCGACCCUGCGUGAACAGCUGGCCGAGCUCAGCACCCGCGUAGAGUCCAUGGAGACCCUUAAUGACCCUAACUCUUCUCUGGCUGUCAAACGUCUCCAACUCAAGACCAAGGAACUGGAGAGUAAACUGGAACUUGAACAGACCACUCGCUCUAGACUUGAAGUGCAAAUCACAAGGCUGAAAGAAAACAACGAGAGGCUUCAGUCAGACAUAGAAAUAGUGAAGAGUAGGGAACAUUCCGCCCAGGAGAAGGCAAAGACCAGUAGUCGACAAGUCCGAGAGUUGCGAGAGGAGAACGCGAUGUUAGCCAGCAAGGAGCAUGAGGCGCAAGCGAAGAUACGUGAGCUGGACAAGAGUGUGGAGACGGCUGAGGCAGACGCAGCAGCGGCCCGGUCAGACCUGCGGUUGGCACUGCAGAGGAUAGAAGAUCUCCAGUGUGCAAUACAGGGAGACAUGGAGGAUGCAGACGAUAACUCUGGUGCUUCCUCAGACAGUGACUCGUCAAUCAGAUCAGACGAGAUCAUGAACAGCUGUGCAGGCAGUCGCAGUCACCACCUCACUGACUCGGGGGAAAGCAGUUACCAAUCUAUGGAUCGCAGCAGUUCUCAAUUGAGAAAACUCGAACCCUUCACCAAAGAUUCUUCCGUUGCGUAACAUCCAAGAGAAUUUAUUACUUAACACAUGUUUUGCUUAAUCAUAGUGCUCUUGUUGAUAUUGUACAUGUUGUUUGACAAUAUUUAUAGAAUAUGGUACAAAGUAGCAAUCGAAACACCACAGUGGCUAUGUAAAUGUAUUUCGAUUUUAUGUAGUAACUCGAGACUAUUUUUGUGUAUUGAUUUUUGAGUUAUUUCACUAUCGGUAUGUAGAGUUGGUAGUUGUACAGAGAUGAUUGGGUCCCACGCUCAAAUCUGACAUCCAGGGAACUCACCUCGCUUCAAGUAUAUCGUGCAUCGGCAUUUAUCGUAGCUCGUGUCGAUUGUUUGGCUGUGGUGUACAGAGUUUUACACCAUGUAAAUUUGUACGUCAGGUGUGAAUGUACGUGUGAAUGUGUGUGUUCUCAUUAUCUACUGUGUAUUGGAUAUCGUUUAUGGUAUUAUAACUGGCUCUUCAUGCUGAUAUGUAAUUAUAUUUCAAGAGAAGGUAUUGUAUUUACACGUUACUGUGAGAUUUCUUUGUUAGAUACAGUAUUUAUUUCAAUUAAAGAACAUACUGUAAUAUAUCGAUAUUUUGUAUUUUAUUAUAUGCUUAAUUCAAAUGAAUGUUAUUGUGUUGAAAUAUAUUGUUGUUAUAUGAUAUUUCCCAGUGAGUUAUUGAUACUUAUUAUAUUGUAAGACUCUGGUUUGCUCUCUGCUGAUCUUGUAAAAGUUUUGUACUGUACGUAGUUUAUAACAUAUGCAGGCAAAUAUUAUUUUAAUACUGAAAGUUGUCAUGGCUUUUGCUGCAAGGUGUGUACUAGAUAACAGUAUUUGGCAGAUAAGGAUUUGAAAUUAGAGUUCUUGAGUAUUAUUCAGACGAAUACAUUGGGAUAUGAUAGUAUCUAUGAACAGUCGGUUUAUUAUUGAAAGAAUCAAUUGUUGUACAUAAUAAUCAAAACAUGUGAUAUUGUGUUCUAUUUAAACUGUAUUUAAGUUGUAUACUGUUGAGUUCCUUGUGCUGGAAAGGAUUACUUUAUGGAUUUCCAGCUGUAUCCUGCUCAGCUAAUAUUUAAUCCCAAUCUUAAUCUGUGACUACAGCUCAAAUAUACCACCUGUUGAUUCUUCCCACUUUUUCCUGACAGGCUCAGCAAAUUUAUAACGUUGAUUCUUUUCCAAGAAAAAGGUCCAAAGUAUGGGACUUCAGCUGUAUCCUGCUCAGCUAAUAUUUAAUCCCAAUCUUAAUCUGUGACUGCAGCUCAAAUAUACCACCUGUUGAUUCUUCCCACUUUUUCCUGACAGGCUCAGCAAAUUUAUAACGUUGAUUCUUUUCCAAGGAAAAGGUCCAAAGUAUGGGACUUCAGCUGUAUCCUGCUCAGCUAAUAUUUAAUCCCAAUCUUAAACCGUGACUGCAGCUCGAAUGUUGUUGUCUACUUUCUCCCUGACAGGCUCUCUGACUGCAUUCUUCUGCUGGUUUGAAUAAACAACCGGCCACUGAUUUGUAUCUCUUAACACUUCUAAUUAACUGUAUCUAUAUAUCAUCACUAUAAACAAGUUCUUUUAGUAUAUGUGUUAUGUCUUAUACCGGGUGUCAAGUCCCCUCCUUCUAUUAACUUUCGUAUGAAUAGAGAUAGACUGAUUUACUUUGGAGGAUGUUAAUAUGACCAACUGAGGAGUUUUUGAUGUAUGAAAAUGUUUGACUACCCCCAAAAUACCCCAUUUUGGUUGUGGGGUCAACAAUUUUCAUACAUCAAAAACUCCUCAGUUGGUCAUAUAAACAUCCCCCAAAGUAAAACACUCCAUCUCUAUUCAUAAGAAAGUUAAUUAAUGGGUGGUGGGACUUUUAAGACACGCAGUAUAUCAAUUAAAUGUAACAUUUUUUAUAGUUAACCCUUUGGAGAUCAUAUAAAACAUAAGUAAAAAAUGUAAAGAAUUCUUAGUUUUUGGUGAAGUUAGGACUAAGGAGCCCUCUCCGACACAAUCUGGGGAAGAACGACUUCAUGGUGAUUCACAAAUCACCACCAACGGCCAGGUCCUGCUUGCACAUUUAUUUAUCUUAACACAAAUUGAGCAAGAAAUAAUCUAUAAUAUUUUUUUUUAAUUUCACUCACAAUUUGCCAUUAAAUAGUUUAUUGUUCUGUUCUCAUUAGGGUAAUUUUUAUCCUAGAAUUCUUGUAUAAAACAAAUUGUUGUUAUUUAGACACAUAGAAACCAACACCAAUGCUUUAAUCAUAAAACGUACACAAUAUGCAUUAUUUAAAUGUCGCGUUUUUACUUCAUUACAUUAAAGAUACAUCGUUAAUUGACAAUGAGUGAAGCACUAACAUUUCUCUCCCCAACUAUGGUUGCUUUUGCAAAUGGACCUCUACCAGCAGAUUAAUGGUUUCAUUUUGGUUCCUUCUAAUGGAUUAAGAUGUUUGUCUCUGUAGGAUUUUUGUACUCUUCAGACUUCUCCAAGGCUUUCCAGGUUUUAACAGGAUUUCCUCCAUUUUUUUAGUUCACUAAAUGUGGUCCAUCCUAGUUUAUUUAAUUCAUCAGUGCUCACCAAAUCUGGAAGGUGAUCUCCCAUCCGGAGGAGAUGCCUGGCGGUAGGUUAGCAAUUCCACACAGGUUCCAACAGACUUGAUCCAUGAUCAAAGUUACAGUAUUAUUCUGAGCUGCUUAAACUAGGGUGAACAAACUGACAUAUUACUAUUUCUCUCUGUUUAUAGCUAUCAUUCUGUAAUCAAUUCAGGUAUCAUAAAAAUAUCAGUUGUUUAAGUUCUUGCUGCCAUUAUUUAAUCAGUAUUAGUCUUGGAUUAGUGCCAAGAAAGUCAAGAAAUAAAAUGUUAAUGCCCUUAUUGGUAGAUACCUUGCACAUUUUUAAUUCUUGUACCAGACCGUUCGAUCGGAAUAAUCUUGCUUGAACGUACUUUACAAGAUUAUUUUGAUAUGUAGCUCCUAAUGUUUGUUAUAUUGUUGCAUUAGAACAGUUUGUAACGAAGAGUAAUGUUUUACUGUUCAACACAGUGUUGUACAAAUCUAACUAUAUAAAAGCAAUAAAAUAAUUUGUAUUAUUUUGUGCUCUGUGUCAGUAAAAUGGUUACUGUAUUCUUAGAGAUGCUUUCAUCAUAUUUUUGCAGGCUUGUACUUAUUGUUGUCCACAGAAAAGUAGUUGAGGAGGUUAAGAUAAUUUUCCAGUUUCAAAAUGUAAAAAAUCCAGAUCUAGUCCCAACUAAAACGCUUAGGACAGGAAUGGACAGAAAAUAAAUUUCCAAUCUUUAUCCUGUCUUCACAUUUGUAUAAAGUACUUUUUUACUGGAUCAUUUUAUUCACAUAUUUAAUUAAUACUGUCAAUGCCAUUAUUUGUUUCAUACAGUAAAGAUUUGUAUUGUAUACCGUUAGUACCUUGUUGAUUGUUUAUUAAAACUUUUUUUCAAAUGGCAUUCAAAUUUCCAACACUUCAAAUAUAACGUAUUCAUUAUUUUAAAUAAAACAUUUAAGAAUAGUUUACAAAACACUCCAGGUACUGUUUAUUUGUUGGUGAUCAUAUUUUUGUCAUUUGUGUCUACUUUUUUUAAUCCAUGUGAAUUUUGGACCAAUAAAAAUUAAACACUCUGUAAUGGCCUUGUGUUGUGUUGUUGGGGUUGACGUUUACGUAAGCACCAAAGCACAAGGUCAACCCUGCUAAUGGCUUAUUUACUAUAUUUGGAUAAACAUAUUAAAUGUUACCACUUAAAGUUAAGUAAACUUGUAAUCAUUGAAUUCAGUUUUUCUUUUAUACUGUAUGAUAUUUAAGGAGUUUGUUUGCAGUUCGUAUAUAUUCCAAUAUUUAAAUUACCAAUAUACGAACCGAAUUAAACUUUUGGUUAUAUACAUUAGCAUUCUUUCAUUGAUUUACCAUUUCAUCCAUAUCAGUCAUGCAUAUGUUUACAUUCUGUAUGGUAUACCAUUCACCUUGUCAAUCACAAUGCAUUUUCUUGUAAUAAAAGGAGACUAAACUGAAUGCA